AUGAAUACCACCCGCGACGUGAUCGAGCGUUAUCAGCAGAAGAUCCAGGUCUUCAAAAAGCUUCGCGAGUUUCGCCAUCACCUGGCCAACGCCAGCUUGUUGCGAAACAAGAGCGCCAAAUGCACGGUGCUCGAGGUGGAGUCCAUGUGGAUAUCGCUUUUCGGUAUAUUCAACUAAUUGAAUUCAUCGCAUCUUUUCGGAUUUGUGACGACCAUCUCCGUCUUUUCGGAAAGGCAACAGCAACGAUGAAUUGUAGCAACCAAAUGCACUUCCAUCUUCGAAGGCAUAACGUCGAUUUGAUGCGGUAAAAAAAAGUCUUCAUCUAUUCACUCUAUCUAUCAGGUACCACGGCGGUAUCCUGCGAUAUCUUGCAAUUUAUCCACGCCCUGGACACCUGCGGCGGCUGGGGCAAGGAGAUGUCCCUGAAGGAUAAGGCUCUAUUUUUCAAGCUCGUGGCCGCUCGGAACGGAGAGUGUUCCUUCCAAACCUUCCUGGAGUCCCCGGUGUGCUUCGUUCCCUACGUGGCGACCAACUUCAACGCGACCAGUGGCACGUCAAAUUCCGCCCUGUCGGGGUCCUCCGUGAUGACAAACACGCAAAAUAUCAAGGUGGACGAAGCCAAGUCGCUGGAGCAGGUCGUGCAGGACCUCGCGCGGUCGGUGGUGUACCGCAAGGUGGACCUGUUGCGGUUAGACAUGUUUUCCUCGGGCUACGUCUCGGCCGAGGAGCUGCAGAUCAUCACGCCCAAGCUGUACCCGCUGCACUUGUUGAAAGCGGCGAUGCUCGAGCUCUUGACGUCGUUUUGCGAGAAGCAAAACAUCAUACUGGCGGAAACCACCAUGGAUCUCUCCUUCAACCAAAAGCGGACCGGAGCGUACUCGUCUUUCUAAAUUGUAAUUGAUUUUUGAAUCUGGUAGUUCUGGAGCUGGACCACGUGGCAGAUUUUAUUGUCGUCCUCUACGUCUACUUCUACACUUCUGCUUCUCUGUUUGUAGUUUUUGAUCUCAUAUUCAGAUUUAUUGUGUUACCAUGCCCCGUCGGAGUAGUGGUGAAGAGAAGCCACGUUUUUUUACCAAGUACUGGAAAUCAACCGCUUGCUGCACUCUCUCAUAAAUUAAUACACAAAUCCAGUACCCGCGUCCUUCCCACCGACGGCCCUUGGUUUCUAAGAUACGUGAUUCAGGCCUGCGAGUUGUUCGACAGGAGGUUAGUCUUUCACAAGUACCUCCGGGACCCGACCUUUCAGGACAUUUACAAGCAAGUCCAGAACGCACCUUUGGAAGACGAGCAGGGGGCAGCCGACGCGGAUCCUGGGUAUAAUUUGAUACUUGAGGUUUAGUUUUUUUGAUAUCGCGUUAAUUACUAGCCUUAUCCCGCUUCCCGUGUCCAGUUGUAACCUGCUGACUUAAUAGUAUUCCGCUAGAUGAAUAGUAGCACUUCUCAUCGUCUCUCUGUGGAGAAUCGUUGUCGGCGCUUCAGCACAGGUAGGCCCAUCUGCCGGCGAUUUUCAAAGCGGGAGAACGGCUUUGGCACGAUCCGGCACCGGCCGGCGCGGAGGGCAGGUUGGCCUUUGCCGUCAUCUUGCAUGCUGGCACCGGCGGGGCCGCGAUCUGGCGGCGGGGGGCGGGCAUGGUCGGGCACCGGCUCGGCGAGGGCCCGACACCGGCGUGGCUAGGGUCCGGCACCGGCUUGGGCAUGAUCGGGGGGGCACCGGCACGGCCAUGACCUGGCACCGGCGUGGCCACGACCUGGCACCGCCUUGGCCAUGAUUUGGCACCGACUUGGCCGCGGCCGGGCACUUGCAGGCAUGGCCAUGAUCCCGCACCGGUUUGGCUAUGCUCGGGCACAGGCAGGCAGGCUUGGCCAUGAUUCACCUGGCACCGGCUUGGCCACGACCUGGCACCGCACCGGCUUGGCCAUGAUCUGGCACCGGCUUGGCUUUGUUACUUAUGAGAUGAUCUGGCCCCGGCUUGGCCAUGAUUGAUUUGGCGCCGGCUUCGGCUUGGCCACGACGGACCCGGGGCCGGCUUGGCUUUGCCAUGAUCUGGAACCGGCUUGGCAGUGGCCUGAGCGAGCGCCGGCCUUGCCGUGAUCUGGCACCGACCGGCCUGGCCACGACCUGGCACCGGCCUGCUUCGAGGCUUCGCUGCUUCGGGGCUUCGCUGCUUCGAGGUUGCGCCGCUUCGGGGCUUCGCUGCUUCGGGGCCUCGAGGCUUCGCUGCUUCGAGGCUUCGAGGCUCUGCUGCUUCGAGGCUCUCCUGCUUCGAGGCUUCGCUGCGUCGAGGCUUCGCUGCUUCGAGGCUUCGCUGCUUCGAGGCUUCGCUGCUUCGAGGCUUUGCUGCUUCGAGGCUUCGCCGCUUCGAUGGUUCGCUGCUUCGAGGGUUCGCUGCUUCGAGGGUUCGCUGCUUCGGGGCUUCGCUGCUUCCUUCGGGGCUUCGGGGCUUCGUUGCUUGUUCGAGGCUUCGUUGCUUGUUCUUCGAGGCUUCGCUGCUUGUUCGCGGCUUCGCUGCUCGUUCGAGGUUUCGCUGCUUGUUCGAGGCUUCGCUGCUUGUUCGAGGCUUCGCUGCUCGUUUGAGGCUUGGCUGCUUGUUCGAGCCCUCGUUGCUUGUUCGCGGCUUUGCUGCUUGUUCGAGCGAGGCUUCGCUGCUUGUUCGGUGCUUCGAGGCUUCGCUGCUUCGAGGCUUCGCGGCUUCGAGGCUGCGCUGCUCCGAGGCUGCGCUGCUUCGAGGCUGAGCGGCUUCGAAGCUUCGCUGCUUCGAGGCUUUGCUGCUUCGAGGCUUUGCGGCUUCGAGGCUUUGCGGCUUCGAGGCUUCGCUGCUUCGAGGGUUCGCUGCUUCGAGGGCUCGCUGCUUCGGGGCUUCGCUGCUUCGGGGCUUCGCUGUUUCGGGGCUUCGUUGCUUCGGGGCUCCGCUGCUUCGAGGCUUCGCUGCUUCGAGGCUUCGCUGUUUCGAGGCUUCGCUGCUUCGAGGCUUCGCUGCUUCCUUCGGCGUUUCGAGGCCUCAUCGUUUCGAGGCGUCGCCGCUUAGAAGCUUGGGCACUUUGUCUGCAUUCCAUUGUUGUUGUUUUUCGUUUCUUUGUUUUCGUUUUUUGUUUUCAUUCUUUGUUUUCGUUUUUCGUUUCCAUUCUUUGUUUUCGUUUUUCGUUUCCAUUCUUUGUUUUCGUUUUUCGUUUCCAUUCUUUGUUUUCGUUUUUCGUUUUCAUUGUUCGUUUUCGUUUUUCGUUUCUAUUGUUCGUUUUUAUUGCGGGAUACUAUUAAAUAAUGGGUUUUCUGACUUAUAACUAGUCAUGGUAGAGAUUAUUUUCCGUUGAUCGUGCCGGAAGAGCAAGAGGAAGAGCAAGAGAGUGACAGAGAACGAGAAUUACACGGGUUUUGCGGUGCCUGAUGCACUUCCGCCUUAGGUAGGUUGGCCUUGUCGCCCCAUUUUGAUGCGUAUUUGCAAAUGCAAAAGAACUAACUCCAGGUCCGCUGCUGGCGACCUUGGGGACAACACUAUCCGGAGGCCGAAGAUGCCCAAGGAGGCAGGCAACAUGCUGUUUAUGACGGGAAUGAACUAUGGGGAGGACCCGUUGGCGCAGAGAUUGCGGGAAGCAGAGCAGCUUUGGCUACAGGACGCCUUGGACACAAACAGGACGGAGCAGAGUUUUAGGGACUUCGUCACGGUAAGUAUUGUAGAAGGAGAAUGUAGUGCUAGUGUUGAUACGCGUGAUUAUCGAAAAAAAAAGUUCAGAUUCAACAUCUGCAAAAUCAUGGUGAUUCGGCUGCAUCAUUACAAAUAUCCAAAUGCUCGAAAACACUUUUUGACUCAACAAACAGGGCGAGAAGCGCAUGAAGGCCAUCCAGCAGCAAUUUCAAAUCGAGGACGACGAAGUGAACCGGUUCCGAAAUUUAUGCCAAGAAAAAUCACCAACACCACAUUUGUGUGCGUGACGUUGAAAGGAAACAUACUUCUUGCAGUCUCACCAGUCAAUUGAAAAAUUGCAAUACAUCCUUUGUUUCGCUACUGCUUACGCUUAGCUGUGGUUGUGGAUGGGCGAGACUAAAACAAAAACUAGAACUGAGAUAGAAGAAAAAAGAGUUUACACUGCACAUCAAUAAAGAAUAGUUGGUGAUUUUGCUGGGCAUAGCUUUUGACGCAGGUAGCAGAGGAGGACGAGGAGCCAUUGUUUCGCUUUGACAAAAAGACGGGCAAAUAUGUACAGGUCUGAGCAAUCGGAAUCUGUUUUAGUAUUUCUCAACGCACUGUCUACCGAUGAAGAUCAUGCAGGACAGCAGCUUGACUUGAAACUAACAAUGAAGACAUCUUAGCUUUUUUAGCGAUUGAUAGCAUCAUCAUCGGGUAUGAUGGUUUGAAAGCAAAUUUAGACAUCCAAAGUGGAUAACCGCUCUAUGUUCAGUUUUAUCUUGAUUCAGCACAUGAAUAACCACCGGUUAUUCCGCAAGAUGAAGGUUUCGCUUUUAAGGUUUCAAAAACAAAACCAAAAGUGUUGGCACGGCUGGGGUUGCAACUUUGACUUUGUAUCGAUACUAGAUUUUACUGUACUUUAGCCGUGCGCAGCAUCGGUUAAAAUUUAGACGCGUUUCUGUUUCAUCCGGUAUUCAAUUGAUUGACAAUCGAAGUAGAAGAAUGACCACCCAGGAAAAUGCCAGUUGAAAAUGCACCGAUUAGAGAAAAUGCAACCUGCUCUCGGAAUGAAUGAAGAUGAAAAUUGCGACAUGCUACUAGCGACUGAGCUGCUGUACUUUACCAGCGCAAGAAGCAUGUCAAGUACACCCAG